UUCCGGUAGCCGGUGCGCGGCCGCAGCUGACGGCGGUGCCGGGACAGCCGGGAUCACCGGGACACCCGCGGCCCCCAGCCGGUGCCCAUGCCGAGGAGCAGCUGACGGCGGCGGGGACGCGGAAAUGGAGCCGCGGCCGGGCCGGGCCGUGCGGGCGCUGUGCGGCCUCUUCCUCCUGCUCCUGCUGCUGCUGCUGCAGCAUCCCGGCCGCGCCGAGCGGGCCCCCGGCUCCCACCUGGACGACUCGGCCAUCGCAGAGUUCUGCCGCAUCGACAAGGCGCUGUGCCACGACGAGGACGAGCAGCUCAGCUUCGAGGCCGUGCGCAACAUCCACAAGCAGAUGGACGACGACGCCAACGGCAACGUGGACGUGGAGGAGAGCGACGAGUUCUUGAGGGAAGACUUGAAUUACCAUGACCCAGCAGUCAAGCACAGCACUUUCCAUGGAGAGGACAAGCUCAUCAGUGUGGAAGAUCUCUGGAAGGCCUGGAAAACAUCCGAAGUGUACAACUGGACGGUGGACGAGGUGGUGCAGUGGCUCAUUUCCUACGUGGAGCUGCCCCAGUACGAGGAGACCUUCCGCAAGCUGCAGCUCAGCGGCCAUCUCCCGUGCAGGCUGGCGGUGAACAACGCCACCAUGAUGGGCACGGUGCUCAAGAUGACCGACCGCAGCCACCGGCAGAAGCUGCAGCUCAAGGCUCUGGACACGGUGCUCUUCGGGCCUCCUCUGUUGACUCGUCACAACCACCUCAAGGACUUCAUGCUGGUGGUGUCCAUCGUCAUCGGCGUGGGCGGCUGCUGGUUUGCCUACAUCCAGAACCGCUACUCCAAGGAGCACAUGAAGAAGAUGAUGAAGGACCUGGAGGGUCUCCACAGGGCUGAGCAGUCUCUCCAUGACCUACAGGAGAGGCUGCAGAAGGCGCAGGAGGAGCACCGCUCCGUGGAGGUGGAGAAGGUGCACCUGGAGAAGAAGCUGCAGGACGAGAUCAGCAUUGCCAAGCAGGAGGCACACAGGCUGCGGGAGCUGCGCGAGGGCACCGAGAACGAGCUCAGCCGGCAGAAGUACGCCGAGCAGGAGCUGGAGCAGGUGCGGAUGGCGCUGAAGAACGCGGAGAAGGAGCUGGAGUCCCACUGCAGCUGGGCUGCCCCCGAGGCCCUGCAGAAGUGGCUGCAGCUGACCCAUGAGGUGGAGGUGCAGUACUACAACAUCAAGAAGCAGAACGCAGAGAAGCAGCUGCUGGUGGCCAAGGAAGGGGCUGAAAAGAUCAAAAAGAAGCGAAACACCCUCUUUGGGACGUUCCACGUUGCUCACAGUUCCUCUCUGGAUGAUGUGGAUCAUAAAAUCUUAACUGCAAAGCAGGCGCUGAGCGAGGUGACGGCGGCGCUGCGCGAGCGCCUGCACCGCUGGCAGCAGAUCGAGCUGCUCUGCGGCUUCCAGAUCGUCACCAACCCCGGCCUGCACUCGCUGGCCUCGGCCCUCAACAUCGACCCCGCCUGGAUGGGCACGCCCCGGCCCAACCCCUCGCACUUCGUCAUCACCGACGACGUGGAUGACCUGGACGAGGAGCUGGUGUCACCCAUGUCCAUCCAAUCUCCGGCCUUGCCCAGCACAGUCCGGCAGCGCCUGGUGGAGCCGCAGCACGGCCACGGAUCGCAGAGGUUGGUAGAGAGUCUCGUGCCGGGGCAGCCCGAGGCGGGCCCCGCGGCCCCGCUGCGGGCGGGCCGAGUGUCCCUGCGCCGAAUGCACAGCCUCACCUCCGGACAGUCCUUCAGCUCCGACCUGCCCGGCUCCAGCCCAUCGCCUGCCUCCACCUCCACCUCCUGCUCUUCAUCCACCACCACCGCACCUGCUCCUGCUUGCCAUGUCCACCCUAUCUAUUACCAUCACACCACCUCUUAUUUCCUCCAGAUGGAUUCCAUCCCCGACCUGCCCCCUCCUGAUGUCACCUCUGGAGUUCGCUGUCGCACUGGGAGCUUUGGAGAUUUAACUCGCUGCGACUCCGACUCCUCCAUCCCGCACCUGAGCGACCACCAGCGCAUCCCCAGCUCGGCGUCCAAGCUGCUGGCUGCCCGGCCCACGCUGCUGACCAGGUCCAUGGAGGAGGCUGUCCCCGGGCCCCCGGGCCCCGGCGCGCCCACCCCCAACGGCGGCAGCCGGCACGGGGAGCCCCCCGCCCUGGCGGCUUUGCAGGAGCGGCUGCCCGAGAGCCCCAUGGUGAUGAAGAAGAUGAUGAUGGUGAACCACGGCAUGGAGAAGUCCUCCAGCCUGGGGGAGAUCAGCCACCCGACGGCCGGCAAGCCCAGCCCCUCGGAUUCGUCGCGGUCGCACAGCCCCAGCUCCACCGAGCCCGACACCCCCUCCCCCAUCUCUGACUGCCGGCCCGGCGGCGCCCGGAACACCCGCAUCCCGCAGCUGGCCGCCAAGAAGAGCCCGGGGGACGAGGACAGCAGCCUGACGGGCGACGAGGUUGACCUCGGCCAGAGCAAGAAAAAGUUCCCCCUAAAGAUCUUCAAGAAGCCCAAGAAGUAGGGGGGAGCCCCCGGACGCGUCCCGCCGGGCCCGGGGCCGGCCGUGCACCGGGAGCGCAGCGCGGCCCCGGCAGCCCCCGGGCCCCGAGUCCCCCAGCGCCGGCACGGGAGGAGCUAUUUAAACGUUUAAACUUAUUUAUUUCCUCAUCUCCGAGACAAGAAGCGCGACGCCUCCCCGCGGGGAGAGCCGCCCCUGCCCUCCCUCGGAGCGCUGCGGUCCCGGCUUCGCUGUGCAUGGCUUCCAGUUACUCCUGCUCUGCUCAGCCACGCGGCCUUUGGGUUUGGUUUCAAUGUGGUUUUAGGGGUUUUUUUUUAAUUUUGUUUUGUUUUUUAUUGUUGUUAUUAAUUUGUUUUCCUGCCUCCUCCAACUUUUGCACAGGCCGAGGGAGGGUCGGGGCGGUGCCGGCCGCUCCCCCCGGGGUGACUCCAGCGCUUCUCCCUCCUUUCUCCGAGUCCCUUUUGCAGCCCGGGGUGACUCCAGCGCUUCUCCCUCGUUUCUCCGAGUCCCUUUUGCAGCCCGGGGUGACUCCAGCGCUUCUCCCUCCUUUCUCCGAGUCCCUUUUGCAGCCCGGCCCCUCGGCUGCGGCCCCGGGGAGGGGAUCCCCUGGCUGGGGAUCGCAGCUCUCGUUGCAGGAGCAGGGACACGCUGCCCUGGCCGGUACUCGUGUGCUCCCGGUGGGGACGGCGCUGUCCCCGCGCUGCUCUGCCCGCUGGGCUGGCUGCGGCAGGCCGGGACACACGGCGGGAGGAGCCCACGCCUGUCCCUGCCUUUACUUCCCUGGGCAGCCUCCGCCGUGCCCCCGUGCCCAGCGACAGGGACAGAGAGGGAAGCGCCAUCCCGAGCGGUGCUGGAGCAGAGCCCGGUCCGGCUGCCACAUCCCACGGACAGGAGGAGAGGAGAGGAGUGGAGGAGAGGAGAGGGCUCCCGGGAGCAGGGCAGUCCCCGUGGCCCCUGGGCAGGGCCAGAGGGAGGGACCAGGCCGAGCGGGGCUCCCCGGGCAGGGGCAGGCUG